CUCUCUCGCUCCUCAGUGGCUGGCGGUGCUGCUGCAUUGUGGGCCAAUGGAGGAGCUUCCCCUCGGUGCAUUCUGGGUUCGUCGUGGGUGAAGCGGGCUCCUGUUUUCGCUCCGGAAUCUGAGGAAUUUGGGGUUUAUUUUUUACAAACAGAAGACCUCUACUCCUCUUUUUACGAGUGCACGAGGUUCCCACGGAGUUGGAAGUAAGAUUCUGAUAAGGAGAAGCGACAGCAGGAGGUCUAUACACAGACCUGGCGUUAAAAUUUAACAAGAACACCAGAAUCUGGAGUGAGAAAAAAGGGACAAGCACGCUUAGCUGAGGAAGGUUGAAACUCUACCCGGUUUAUAAUGUCUCAAGCUGACAAACUGAAGCAGGGCCAGUUCACAAACCCAGAAACCCCCGGGUAUGUGGGAUUCGCAAACCUGCCCAACCAGGUCCACCGCAAAUCUGUUAAGAAGGGCUUUGAGUUUACCCUAAUGGUCGUGGGGGAGUCUGGUUUGGGAAAGUCAACCCUAAUAAACAGCCUGUUUCUGACAGACCUGUACCCAGAGAGAGUCAUCCCAGGAGCUGCAGAGAAAAUCGAGAGGACUGUUCAGAUUGAGGCAUCGACAGUGGAGAUUGAGGAGCGUGGAGUGAAACUGAGGCUAACUGUUGUGGAUACACCAGGAUAUGGAGAUGCCAUCAACAGUCAGGACUGUUUCAGCACAAUUAUUGCCUACAUCGAUGAUCAGUUUGAGCGGUACCUUCAUGAUGAGAGUGGACUGAACCGCAGGCACAUAGUGGAUAAUCGAGUGCACUGCUGUUUCUACUUCAUCUCUCCGCUGGGACAUGGAAUGAAGCCUCUGGAUGUCCAGUUCAUGAAGGCCAUCCACAACAAAGUGAAUGUUGUCCCUGUUAUCGCCAAAGCAGACACCCUGACACUGAAGGAGAGAGAGAGACUGAAGCGCAGAAUUCUAGAUGAGAUUGAUGAGCACGGCAUUAAGAUCUAUCACCUCCCUGAUGCUGAAUCUGAUGAAGAUGAGGAUUUCAAAGAACAGACCCGCAUUCUUAAGGCUAGUGUCCCAUUUGCGGUGGUGGGGUCGAACCAGCAGAUCGAGGCGAAAGGGAAGAAGGUACGAGGGCGCCUGUACCCCUGGGGUGUGGUGGAGGUGGAGAACCCUGAGCACAACGACUUCCUGAAGCUCCGCACCAUGCUCAUAACCCACAUGCAGGACCUUCAGGAGGUGACCCAGGACCUUCACUACGAGAGCUUCCGCUCCGAGCGUCUCAAGAAAGGCGUCAGGUUGUCUUCCCAUGGUUUCAUUCUGCCUCUGUCUCCUGCGAAGGGUGCGGAGACUGAGGAAGUGGACAAGGACAUGAUCCUGAUGGAGAAGGAAGCUGAGCUGCGGCGAAUGCAGCAGAUGAUUGCGAAGAUGCAGGCCCAGAUGCAGAAGCAGGGAGAUGGGGACACCGACAGUGUGUAAAGAUGCAGACCAGUCCACUCAGUACUGAGGAGAAGGUGUUUCAAAGAAGCCAAGACCCUCUUCUGACUGAGGAUCUUCUAUACAGUGUUGACUGUAUUCAACCCACUCACUGCUUUCUGUAUGCAUUUUAUAAGUAAUGUCAUGUCUUGUGUUUUUGUUAUUUCACUUUUUUAUUUUUAUUAUGUCUCAUUAUGAUGAUUAUUAUUUGCAGAACAGUAUGGAGAGCCAACAGGAGCCAAAACUUUUAAAAAAAGAAGCCAAAUGCUGCUACAUGUAAAGCUGCCUUUUGCCUUUUAACAGUUCAGUUAACCAGCUCAUUAUGAAUAACAGAUCCUGAUCAAAGGGUGUGAUUGGAUUCCAAGUCGACCUAGUUGGUUACAUUUUGCUCAGUCAACUAUUAUGUGAGUUGGUCAAUGAUUGAGGUUUUCUUAAACCAAAGUUCUUUUCAAGCCAGUAAGAGUUAUGGUCAGUGCAUUAUAAUUGUCAAUAUGAAUUUUCAUAGGGAGUACAAUUUAAAUAGAGGGGUGCACAAACACGUAACUGGGUACCCAUCCUAAAUUCCCCAGUACCUUUUUGAAUAAUUUCAAAAUCUGGUAGCCACCUACCACGUUGUACGUAAAAAAAGUUUUCCUGACAGUAUUUAAAACUAAAGACGACUAAUCACUUAGGCAUAUAUUUAAAGGCAACGUGAUAAUAAUUGGCAAAACUAGCUGUUGCAAGAGCUAAUGAUAUCACAGCAGGUUUUCGGGAAGCUUUGCCUACCUCGUUUUCAUAUCCAUCUGUACAGGAAUGCAGAACUCAUUUUGAGAGGCUUAGGAAUUUAAUUACUGUAUAUAAGGAAAUACAACAUUUACCAAAAUAAAAUGAGGUGUUUGUUAAUGUUGGUAAUUUAGUCCACUCUAAGGAAUUCUGUAUUUUGUGCUAUAAGGGAUUGUGUGCUGUAAAAACAGUUCUCAGCUGCACAGGAAAUCCAGUUUCCUUGAAGGAAAGGCUGGACUUGGUUCAGUAGAUGUGGCUGAGAGCCUACCCAAGCCAGAGCAUUCAUUUGAUGGUUCAAUUUGUGUACUAUAAAUACUGGACCUAACUUUAGAUAACCAAAAGAUAUCUCACUAACUAACCAAGAUGAAAAUCCUGAUAUGUUCCUUCUCCCGCAAUUGUAUAUUCCUUAUUAGUUUAUGAUGUAUUUUUCUGUCUCAUAACUGUUCCUCCUACUGCACCUUUUAAUGUGACUAAAACUGUGGCACACAAACUUUGAAAAUGAAGUCAGUUUUUAUAAUGGUAAUUAAUGUCAUAUCAAUAGUAUAAUUGGGAGAACCCACCUUUAUCCAGAUCUACAGGAGAAAGCUCUUGAUUAAUUGUGGAUUUCAUUCCUGUCAGGUAAAUAAACGUGGUCCCUGGAAGGAAACCUGUUUGUUGUUCGAUGUAUUGUGUUAGAAGCUAGAUUUGACAUAAGUUAAAAUACUGCAGCCCUUCCCCACUUGCACAAAAUCGCCUUUGGGAGGGUAUUGUCUGGAGACAUCCAGCAUUUCUUUUCCAUUUUGGAUCCUGGAUCUCCCAGCUGCCCCCUAAUCCAGAGCCUUCUUACCUGUGCAGUUAACAUUCCACUCUAUCUUGUUUUAUUAAUGAUGUACUGAACAGAUACUUAAUGAAUACCUUUGUCUUGUAAUAAAGUUUCUAUUAAACCUA